AUGAUCUCAGAUUGUAUUUCAUGUCUUCACAAUUACUAAAAAAAUGAAUCUUUUUGUAUUGAAUGUUAAGAUAGAUAUUAUUCAGCAGUUUUUUCAGGGUCAUGUAUUUAAUGUGGAUAAAUUUGCAAGACUUGCAUUUAAUAAAAUUAAAAAUAUAGAGAUUAUUGGAAAUGGAGUAUUAAAACAUUUUAUAAAUUUGUUAUUAAUAAUAAUAAUGAUCCAUCAUUAUGCAUCAACUAAUUCUGA